AUGAAACUCAACUACAAAAGCAUCGAAUUCGAGUUAUCCGUCCGCCUGGAAGAGCUCACUAACAUCCCGCAACUGGACCAUGUUUCGGUGAUGUACGUGCACCAGGUGUCCAAUAGCAGACUCAAACCAAAGCAGCAACUCCACCAUAGACACUCGGCACAGUCGGGAGUGUUUGGCAUCCAGCACCACAAAUGUGUUUUUAAAGACGAAGCCAUUGUGACGCGGCUCAAGCUGUACGCGGACCCGAAAGAUGGGUUCACCUUGUCUGACAAAUGGCUGUAUAUAACGUUCUUUAUUGAAGACUCACGGUCCACGAAAAAAGAGCGAUUAGGAACGCUGGAACUCAACCUGACCGAGUAUGCCAACGAUAGAGAACCAAUCCAGCUGCGGUACCUGCUGAAAAACUCGAAAGCAAACGCCAUUCUCAAAUUAGAGGUCUAUAUGAAACAUCUGGAUAGCGCACAGGAUUAUCAUUACAACAUCCCUAAACGGUCGACCCAGCAGAUCUACACGGGCUUGAAGGACUCCAUCGAGACUUCCAAGCAGGAGCUGCCCAAGCCACAGGCGUCCCAAGACGACCCAGACGUCGUGCUCGACGAUAUCAUCAACAAAACGUACAGGUUCAGCUGGCAGUUCAACGGCAUGAACUACGACGAGUUCACCCCAAUGGAGUGUGUCAGAGACAUUGUUGAGCACCAUGGCAACGGCUGGCGUAGAAACGAGUAUGGGGUUCCGUAUAUCGACACCAUCCACGAGAAUUGCACGCUGCCAACCGCAAAGAAAAGCGAUUAUCCAGUCCAGGAGGCCGAUUAUCGCUCCGAUCUGAAGAGCUGGCACCUGGCCACCUAG